GCACUGCUGACUCCCAUUUGGAGAUAUUUCAGUGAGCACGCGCUGUUUGAACGCCGGCUACACCACUCAGCCCCUUCCAGUCAUCAAUCACCAGCGGAUUGCCAAACUGGUGCAGCAAAUUUCCAGCAUACAUUUCCCCAGAAUAUGUCGUUGACCAACACAAAGACGGGCUUUUCUGUGAAGGACAUUUUGGACCUCCCUGACACGAAUGAUGAAGAAGGAUCUAUCACUGGACCGGAGGAAGAUAACGAGGGAUCGGAGACGACAAAACCCACUAGAGUUUUGGUACAAAGUCCGCUAGAAAACGUUCAAAAUCUGCCUAUAAAGAACCGCUUUUAUGAUAGUAGUGACAAUCCUUACACAAGAUGGCUUGCCACCACAGACACUAUCCAAUAUUCACUGCAUGGUCUUUCAGCAAGUUCUCAAGACUCAGCCAAGUCCCCAGAACCCUCUGCGGACGAAUCGCCAGACAAUGACAAGGAAACGUCAAGCAACGGCAGCGACUCCGGUAAGAAGCGAAAAAGAAGAGUACUGUUUUCCAAGGCACAGACGUACGAACUUGAGCGUCGGUUUAGGCAACAGAGAUACCUAUCCGCGCCAGAGAGAGAACACCUCGCGAGUUUGAUUCGCCUGACACCAACUCAAGUGAAAAUUUGGUUCCAGAAUCAUCGGUACAAAAUGAAGAGAGCGCGCGCUGAAAAAGGUAUGGAAGUGACCCAUCUCCCCUCUCCCCGGCGGGUGGCGGUACCUGUCUUAGUCAGGGAUGGAAAGCCUUGUCAUACUCUUAAAGCUCAGGACUUGGCGGCCACUUUUCAGGCUGGAUUCCCCCUCUCGGCGUAUAGCGCCCAGACCCUUCAUCAAAUGCAAUAUAAUGCUCAGUACUGCGCCGCCACCACGCCACAAUUCCCUUCAGCACAUCACUUGGUGCAAACGCAACAGUGGACUUGGUGAACUAGUUGAGACUGACGGGGCUGCCGUUUAGGAGCACGAUAGGGAUUUCACUAGAAAAUAAAGACUUUUCAUUUUGCAGCUUGACCCAUAUCUACCAUUUUUUCGGGGCUAAUAUGUGCGCCGUGUUUACAUGUUUUCGUUAAGAGAACUGGGUACAGCCUCUCCCGAGAUUUAAGAAUGUCAAUGCUCUUGUGAAAUUUUGUACAGUAUGUUUGUGUGUUGUAGAUAUGUUUUAUUUUUGUCCUUCGUGUUAUAAGCACGUGCAAAACCACUUUAUAAUUAUGGAAUAUUUUAUUUCUUGCUUCUUUUACAAUGGACCGAAAAUAUUUAUGGCCAUGAAUAAACAUUGGCAACUUUUAGCUUUUUUCCCCUUUGUUUUUGUUUUUUGUAAAUACUUUGUGGUAAUUGUUUGCAACCUAGAAACAUGUCAGGAUCGUAUACGUGGAGAUAUACAUAUUUCCAAUUCAAACAGAAGGAAGAAUUUGUGGCGGAAUUGUCAUGACUGUCUAACAGAGCCCAUAUUAUUAUGUGAAUAACAGUUCAAUCGCGCGCUGAUGGGGAAAUAUCCCACUUUUUAUAAGGAUUUUAAUAAAAUGCUGUGUUUCAGAAAUUACGUUUUGGUUUGCGUGUCUUAAUACGUCCUAUUUGAUUUAUUGAAUACAUACGCUAAACAGUGUUAAUGUGAUGCAUGGCAGCCUAUACGUGUUUUGUAAAGUGGCACAGAAAGCAGGUGAAUUUAUGUUUCGCGCAGUUAAAUUAUUUAUUUUUUUACCUAAAUUAAUCCGUCUAAAUGUUCUGAAUUUGGACACGUCAGUAAUAAGGAGGCUAAAGUCACUUGUGAAAUGGGGAUAAAAUCCACUCACUUAGCCUAAUAUAAGAGGGCUUCUUCAACUAAGAAGCUUUUGAGUCAAAAGCUCUCCUUUUCAAGGUCUCGAACUCCUCUCGGAUUGGGGUGUGAAGUGGUAGGCCUAUAUUUUAAAAACGGAUUUAAUGCAAAGACGUUUUGAUUUUACGCACGGUUUUACGCUCGUCAUUGUUGUCAAACAAACACAACCCGUGAAAGGAAUAUCAAUCAAGUUACGUAGUCUUCAAUAUCCCUUGCUCUAUGUUAGCUUAUGCUUUAUAUUUUAGUAGAUGCAGGCUUAUGGAUGGAUGGGCUGUGGAUGUGUAUCCAAAAUAGCUAUCUUAAACAGUGUGCCAAAGUAGUCGACACAAUAACCAAAUGGGUCCCAAGUGAAUCACCGAGCGUAUUGUGAUUAUCAGACCCAAUUCAGUGUGUUGGGUAAAUAUGAUUACCGUGGCAAAAUCUUAACUGCAUUGUUUUUGACCCAGCACCGAGAUAUUAUAGAACAGAUGUUAGAGUCGCCCUCACUAUCAUUGAACAAACAGCUAAAUUGACACCAAUUGCUAAUUAUUUACAGAAUCCUAUCUCAAGGGGCCACUGCUUUUGGUCCAGGCUACAGAGACUCAAUUUGUUUUCUUCAGAGAGGCUACAAUGUUUACAUUUGUAAGCUGUGCUGCUGACGUAUUCCCUGAUAUUAUUCGUUGCUCCAUUAACUAUGUAAUAGUAUUACUACAAGCUAAUGGCGGUGUUGUAUCGCAUUCUUUAUUCACAAUUAAGUUGUUAUUUAUAGGCUAUAAAAAUAGUUUUUCAAUGCAAAUAGCCAUCCUUGAAUGACCUAUUGGCUAAUAGUUUCGAUUUCAUAUAGCACCAUUGGGCUCCUUACCCAUGGUGCUACAAUUUUGAUCGCACACGUGUGGAAGUGGGAAUGAUAAAUAAAUGGAAGUACAAUUUA